GGUGGUUCGGGGCCUCGGGACGCCGGGAGCCGGUGGUGGUGACUGGUGACCGUCAUACGCCGCGCGCGGCGGCGGCCAUGAGCUGGAGGAAAGGGGACGGCGGCGGCGUAGCCAGGAGAUGGGUCCUGCUCCUCUGCGCCGGGAGCUUCUUCCUCGGCCUGCUCUUCACCGACAGGAUGUGGACAUUGCCUGAGAUUAGUGAGGUUGCUAAGCCAAAUGGAAGGAGUGAUAAAGAUAACGAGCUUACUGCUGGAGAUUGUAAUUCUGCAAAGGUUAAUGUAAAACGAGAUUUCAAAUAUAUCCUACAGGACCCGAAUACUCAUCAUGAUGCUAUACAGACUUUAGAUAAGACAAUAGCAAACUUGGAGACAGAACUUUCCGCUACAAGAACUCUGCACGAAUCAUUUCUCAUCGGUUCUCCAGUUUCAGAAAGGCAUAAGGCUUCCGGUUCUGUGGGAAGGCGGAAAUAUUUUAUGGUGAUAGGCAUCAAUACUGCUUUUAGCAGUCGAAAGAGAAGGGAUUCUAUCCGUAGCACAUGGAUGCCUCAAGGAAUAAAGAGAAUAAAGCUAGAAGAAGAGAAGGGGAUCGUAAUCCGUUUUGUUAUCGGUCACAGUGCUAUUUCAGGUGGAAUUGUGGAUAGAGCAAUGAAGGCAGAAGAAAGAAAACACGGCGAUUUCAUGAGAAUAGACCAUGUUGAAGGAUACCUUGAAUUGUCUGGAAAAACUAAGACAUACUUUGCUACAGCUGUUUCUUUAUGGGAUGCUGACUUCUAUGUGAAGGUUGACGAUGAUGUACAUGUUAAUAUAGCAACACUUGGACAUAUUUUAUCGGAACAUGUUAAUAAGCCCAGAGUAUAUAUUGGAUGCAUGAAGUCUGGUCCUGUCUUAUCUGACAAAGAUAUGAGGUACUAUGAACCUGAGCACUGGAAAUUUGGUGACCAGUAUUUCCGGCAUGCAACUGGUCAACUGUAUGCUAUUUCAAAAGAUUUAGCAACUUACAUAUCUAUAAAUAGGCGUGUUUUACACAAGUAUAUCAAUGAGGAUGUGUCUUUGGGUGCUUGGUUCAUAGGAUUAGAUGUUGAGCAUAUUGAUGAGCGCCGACUUUGUUGUGGUACACCACCUGAUUGUGAAUGGAAAGCUCAAGCAGGGAACACCUGCGCAGCGUCAUUCGACUGGAAAUGCAGUGGCAUAUGUGACUCCGUGGACAACAUGCAGGGAGUGCACAAUAGAUGUGGAGAAAGUGAGAAGUCUCUCUGGAUUUCUUCUUUCUAAGCAAACCCAAGGGCCUGGCAUGAUCAAGCAUGCUGUACAUUGUGCAGAAAAUGUCCUAGAUUCAUCUGUAGCAAUUUAACCAAGGUAGGUUCAUUGUUUUGAUUGGGCAAUUCAUCACCACCAACAAUGCAGACCGUGAUUUUACUGAGCCUGCUGGUGACAGUUGAUACAUAGGCUGAUCGAUUCUUUUGUCAUGCUUAGGCUGUCAGUUUUGUAACGAUCUAAUGUAUUAUGUGCACUGUUACCAAGAUAUACACAUGUGCAGAGCUCUUCACUCUACAAUUUACUUCCA